AUGCUUUGUCGGUUUUAUACUGGAGAGAAUACCGAUAAUAGUGACAAAGGAGAACACGAAGGCUGUGAAGGCGACGAUUGUGACCCAGGCGACAAUUGGGACCAAGAUGGCGGUAGCGGUGGAGGCGGCGGCGGCGGCGGUGGAUGCAAAAUAGGCCUGCGCUGUGACAUCUGUGUUGGUUUUCAUUGCAUCAAAUUGGUGCCAAUUGUGUCGGCUAUAAAGGAGCCAUGUGUGCGACUUGUGAAGCCAAAGACUGCAACGCAUGUAGCAAGCACAAAACCUGGAACUACCUGCAACUCCCUCCAUUGUCCAAUUCGCUGCGGCUGCGACUGCGGCGGCGAAGACGCUCAAGAGAAAGAGCGUUAUGAGAACAAGAAGGACGAAAUCUGCAUACCGGACAUCUACCAGAGCAUCGCAAACCCAGCGUACCGGAUAACCCAGGUUCGCCAGGUGGUAUAUUUGAUGGCGGAUGCGGCGGAAGCUGCUUCUAGAGGCAACCUAGUCUUUUCCGCGGAAAGAUCCUGCGAACAAUACAGAGGAUUCGUCUCCAAAAGCAGUGUUCACAACACUAUUGAGCUCAACUUCAGCUGGGACGAGCUACACAAAGCUGGACUAAACGUGCUGGCCUAUAUGGUAACAAAGGCGAACUGCAGAGGGAAACUCAAUAGGGGUGAGUUCAAUAAGCAACUCCUACAAAUCAUUGACAGCUGUCAUCAUGACACAAUCGCGGAUAAGCUUGGUAGCAUUUUAACAAACAACUGCUUAUCUUGGCGCAUCGAUCCGGAAAUCAACAAAACUGCGGGGCGCCAUCGUCACCACCUCAGCGACAGCCACGACGGUAGCCAUAUCCUGAUCUACUUAGACCUCGCCUUCCUGCGACCAAGGAGGGCUGUAAACCAAGGCUCGAUAUCUACGCCUCUUCAACGAUUAGACCGAAUGGCAUUUCUUGGUGGAACGCGCGAUACGGCCAACACAGCGUUGCCUACUACAAAGCUUACAACAUAUGCAGCGUGGCGUUUGGAUGGAAGAGCGGAAGUGGGUACCACAAAAGUCGUUGAUGACAUAUGCCAUUACAUUACUUCUAUCGAUCACGAAGAUGCUAGUGAUAGGGAUCAGGUCAGAGAGUUGAAGUACGACAAGUACGCAUCCGCGACUUGCCGAAGAGCGGAUAAGGUUACUGCAAGCGGCCUUACAAAUCACUUUCUUCCUGUAACGUGUACUUAG